UUAAUUUGACGUUGUGAGAGAACGGCAUUAAUAAAUUGCACAAACAAUCGAUGUCUUCUGAAAGAACAACAUCAAGUGUUCCUAUGAAAUGGACUGAGCUGCAUGAUGAGAUAUUUGUACGAGAAAUUUUGUUGAUUCAACCAUGGAGCAGUAAGAAAGCAUCUCCUGAAAGAGGAGAAGCAUGGAUGAAGAUAGCUACUUCAUUGAAUUCUUUGGAAACACCAACGUUUCGUGUAACUCAAAGGUCCGUACGUGAUCGAUAUGCUGUGCUUGAAAAGAAACAUAAGAAGAAAAUACGUGAUGAAAAUCUUGCAAGUGGAAUAUCAUGCCAGGAGAAUGAAGUAGAUCUUGGCAUAGAUGAAAUUAUUACAUUGUUUCAUGAAGCUGAUAUGGAACACGAAAGAGCAUCAAAGGAAAAGAAAAGAAAACUUGAGGAGGAAGCCAGUCAGGCAGCUGAAAUGAGACAGCAAUCCCUUGAAUCGUUUGGUGAAACUCGCAAGAGAUCAGAGUUUACUGAUUCUGAGGUAAAAACUGCCAAAAGAAAACGCAGUAGUGGUUCUGACAUGGUUUUGUAUUUAAGAGAAAAAAGUGAGAGAGAGGCUGAGUUGAAGAAGAAGGAAUUGGAAAUAAUGCAGCAGCAAACUGACAAAGAUUAUGAAUUAAAAGAAAAUGACAUAAAACUUAGAAAAGAAGCAAUGGAAGUAGCCCAAAAUCAAAAUAAUUCUGUGCUGAAUCAGCUUAUCGAAUUGCAAAGGACUCAACAACAGCAAUUCAUGCAGUUGAUGAGGCAUCAGCAGGAGCAAAGUUCAUGCAUGAUGGCCCUUUUGAAUAAGUUAACUUCUGGAAAAUAAACAAUGACAUAGACUAUUACCAGAGAACAGCCUCCUCUUUUUGUUUAUGCUGUGAUGAUAACAGAUCAAACUAAACUUGUUUACAAAUCUCAAUUGUUUCAGUUUUUUAAAGUAAAUAUGUAAAAAAGUAUAUGCAUUUUCAUGCUGUCUUUCAUAUUUUA